AUCUAGAUUAUUCAUUAUUCUAGAGAUCUUAAACUUAAAGCUCAUGUCUAGCUAGAUAGCUAGAUAUAUCAUUAUCAUAUAGAUCUAGAAUCUAGAUCUAAUAUAUAUAAUAUAAUUUUUUUAUAUAUAUACUUCAUAUACUAUAGUCUAUACUGAUAUUAGUGAUAUAGCUUUAGUAGACUCUAUUGUCUCUAUAGUCCAGACUCUAGAUUCUAUAUUUGGUUAAUUGGUAGAGAUACUAGAAGUAGAUAUCAAGGCAAUUUCCCCAUUGGGCAUCAAUAUUUACAAACUUCAAUUGUUGCCAGAUUGGCUUGAGACUACUAGAUCUAGAUUUUAAUCUGUUCAUGAUACAGAUCGACUAUUAAAAUAAUUACCAGAUCAAGAAAGCAGGAUUGAGAUUUUAAAUCUAGAUCUAUAUACGAUUUGAAGCAUUUUGUGACUUGUAUGAUUUGUCAAAUGCCUACUUUACGGCUGUAUUACGAUCUUCUUUCACAACCCUCUCGGGCAGUGUACAUAUUCCUAAGGCUGAAUAAUGUUCCCUUUGAGCCUAAGCCUGUUGCUCUCAGAAAAGAUGAACAUCAGACUGAUGAAUUUAAAAAGAUCAACCCGUUUUCACUUGUGCCAGUGGUAGAUGAUGAUGGCUUUCUACUUACAGAGAGCAUGGCCAUCUUAAAGUAUGUGAUUGGCAAAUAUGAGCUAGGAGAUCACUGGUUUCCUCAACAUAACCUAAAGAAACAAGCCAGAGUUGAGGAAUACCUUCACUGGCAUCAAUUUAACACAAGAGGAAUGUGUGCAAGUCUUUUCCAGCAGUUGCUAAUAAUUCCAAAAUCUACUGGAAAACCUGUCAACCAAGAAGAGGUGGAAAAGAUGAGGAAAAAAGUUUCUGAGGUCCUAAAACAACUUGAGACUUACUUUUUGAAAACACAAACCUACAUUGGAGGUGGGAAUGAAGUAUCUAUAGCUGACUUGUUUGCUGUUUGUGAAUUAAUGCAGCUGUAUGCCUGCCACGAACAUAGCCUCUAUGAGAAGUCUCCAAUCAUCAAGGCUUGGAUGGAUAGGGUCAAAAAUGAUACUAAUCCUUAUUUUGAUGAAGCUCAUAAAAUAAUAUAUAGAACUUUUGAUGUGUACAAACAGAUUGCUUCUAAAUUAUAAAUAUACAAUUAAAAAAUGAAUUAUAUUUCAAUAGGCCACAUUUUUAUUUUCUUAUAAGUAAAAAAAAAUAUCUCUCUGUAAUUAUUUUCUGCAUUCAUAAGGAAUUAUUCAUUUUUCCCAUUUGUAUUUCACUACCCUGUUAGGGUUAAACUUCAAUAAUGUUUUUGUUUUAAUCAGAAUAUGUUAUAAUUGGUAGAGAUAAAUGCAUGCCCUUUUUAUAUAACACCAAUUAAAGUUUAUGAAUCCAGAAAUUAAGUUAAUUUAAUGGAGUCAAAUCAAUGAUGGAGAAUCAGGAGAAAAGAGUUAAUAUUAUUAUAUAAGGCUAUAAGCUAGAGGUUUUGAAAAAUCAGUCAGUAUUUAUUUCCAUAAGGAUCAGUAACCAGUAACUAAGCUCAAACAUCAAAAAGGUAAUUAUUGUAGAAAUUAUUGUUUUCAAUUCACCAUGUUAUAAUGAGUACUUCUGCAAAAUUCUAUUUUUAACUAUUUUUUUCCCCUGCUGAGUGCUGUGGACUCUUGAGCAGUUUGUGCCUCAACCAUGUGUUGAAAGGUUUGAAGUGUCUGCCUAUUUAGAAGCAAUCCAUUGGGUGAUGAUGUUUAGUUUUCUAUUUCAGUCGCCAAUUAUUAUUGAAAGGUCAGCCAAGUUUUCCCUAGAUGAGGCUAUUGUGAUUAAAAGCCCUAGGUAAUUUUAGAAUUCAACUCCAUUCCAGAAUUGAACCUAUUACAUUAGACCAGCAGCUGAAUGCUUAAGCACCCGUUUGACAAUCAUAGAACACAUUUUUUUUUAUAUCAUACUUUAAUAAAGUAUGAUAAGUGAUGGUGAAUAACAACUAAUGCUGUUGUUCUAUCAAUCUACUAGAUCUAUAGAUUCUAUGUCUUAUGAUCUUUUGUUUAGUCUUGGAAUAUGGUUUUUAAGCAAAACUAUCUUUUGAUUAUAACAAAUGUUAAUUAAUUGAAAUUCUUUGUGCCUGAAAGCAUAUUUUUAUCUUUUUUUUUAAAAUAAGUACUAAUUAUAAAUGAGUCAUAUUUUUUUUUUAUCUAUUAUAGGGCAAUAAUUAUAUAGUACUUAAGUACCAACUCUGUGCUUAUUUAAUAUUUAAGGAUACUGUAAGUUAAAUGUAUAUCCAUACAGAAGAAAGCUGAAUUACAGAAACAAUUCUUUAAUUCAGCCUGAUAUAUAUAUAUAUAUUUAUUUAUUUAAGAUUUUAAGAUUGAUUUUGUUUCAACAAGCUACUGUUUUCAGCCUUAUAUAUAUAUAUGAUUGAUUUUGUAUCAACAGGCUUCUGUAUUAAGUUAAAAGAACAAAGUUUUAAAGAGCUUUUAUUUUGACUGAAUUUAAACUUAUUGCAUUUCUCUAUAUUAACCUUUGGAAAGAGCUCUUUUUUUUGUUCAGAAAUAUUUCUUGUAAUGUGAUGUCAUAGUAUGAAGAGACUAGUUCUCCCUCUUUUGGUUACUAUAUUUUUAAUGUACAAAUGUUGAUGCUGUAACAUACAACCAAAGUACACAAUUUAUUUGUAGACGAGUGGCCAAACUUUUCUUUCCAUACAUUGUCUAAGCUAAUUUAACAAUAACACUUCUAAAAUUGUUUACCCUCUGUACACAUAGAAUACUCUUAGAUGUAGUAGUUCAUAUUUUUUUUAAUGCUGAAAAAAAAAGGAUUUUAUAUAAACAGAAUUUAUGCAAAUUUAUAGCAAUUUUUUUGUUUUUAAUCACAUAAUAAAAAUUGUUUAAUACAUGAUAAAUAUGAGAAGUUAAAAACAAAAUGAAUUUAAUUUUGCAUAUUUUUUAUGUGAUGAACUUUUCAGCAACACUGCAUCUUGCAGAUACUAAUGAAUAAAAUUAAUCCUUUCAACUUA